AUGUGGACUCUCUUUGAUAUUGUUUCGUAUCUCGGUCUCUUUAUUCCGGUAAGUCGAAACUCUCCGGCGAGUUAUGCGGUCACCGGCCGCUACCUUGCGUGGUCAGAUCCAUCCGUCGAUCUGGCUUUGCUUGGUCAUGUUGAGUUCACCAAGGCUAUUGUGAGCCAAAAGCCUCAACUUGUCGCAGAGUUGGACUCUUUCAAACGCUCACCUCUUCACCUGGCUGCUGCUGAGGGCCACAGCGAAAUUGUCAAAGAGCUGUUACUAGCAAAUAAGGAUGUGAGUAUGUUUACUGACCAAGAGGAGAGAAUUCCUCUCCAUUUGGCUGCAAUGAGAGGGAGAGUUGAGGUGAUAAAAGAGCUUAUAAGUGCAAAACCUGAGUCAAUUUUUGAGCCAAUCCGUGGAGAAACAGCUUUACAUUUGUGUGUUAAGCUCAAUCAUUUGGAUGCACUCAAAGCAUUGGUGCCAUCAGUUGAUGAUGAGGAGUUUCUCAACUCCAAAAACCUUGAAGGAAACUCUAUCUUGCAAACCACUAUCUACUUGCUUUCCGGGCCAAAAAUGAGAGUGGAUUUGAACUCCUUGAUCAAAAAUGGCUUUCCAGCCUUUGAUGGAAGCUGCAGGAACGGCACAACUCGAAGCAAUUUACAGAAGAAUCCCAUCAAAGAAACAACCACCAAAGUUCAAACCACUCAAUCACCCCAAAAGUUAAAAUCAAUAAUAACAUCAUUCUUCAAAUGGAGAAGGCUCAUCAACUACAAGAGCGACCACCACGAAAAAAUGAGAGGCAACUUGAUGGUGGUGGCCAGCUUGAUUGCCAACAUGAGUUUCCAGAUUGCAACAAACCCACCAGGUGGCUACUGGCAAGCAGACGCCACUAAUCUGAAAAUAGAAACCUGCCCAAAGGGGGUUUGCAGUGCUGGAACUUCAAUUCACGCAUACACUCAUGAAAAUGAGUACCACUUGUUAACAUUCGUGAACACAGUCUCAUUCUCAGCAUCGCUCAGCAUAAUUUUGUGGCUCAUUAGUGGAGUUCCUCUCAGGAAUAGAGUUUUUGUGGGAAUUUUGCUGGUAAAAAUGUGGGUUACGGUGCUGUUUAUCGCCGGUGCAUACUAUUUGUCAAUAAGCUUGGUGAUGCCACAUGAAAUACUUGAUAGUAUUAGUAACUGGUACCCAUGGGUUUAUGUUUGGUCGCUUAUCGCUAUAAUUUUUAUACAUGUAAUAAGAUCUUGCUGGUGGGUGUUGAAGAAGGUGUUCAUGGGGGUGAUUUUUGUGGCUAAAUGGUGCUGUUUUAAGAGGAAAAAAACAGCUUGA